ACCUAUGGAGACCUGAACCACCUGGUGUCAGCCACCAUGAGUGGAGUCAACACCUGCCUGCGCUUCCCUGGCCAGCUGAAUGCAGAUCUGCGCAAGCUAGCCGUGAAUAUGGUGCCCUUCCCCCGUCUACACUUCUUCAUGCCUGGCUUUGCACCCUUGACCAGCCGGGCCAGCCAGCAGUACCAUGUUCUCUCAGUGCCCGAGCUCACCCAGCAGAUGUUUGACGAGAAGAACAUGAUGGUCGCCUGUGAUCCCCGCCAUGGUUGUUACCUGACAGCAGCUGCCAUCUUCCGAGGCCGCAUGUCCAUGAAGGAGGUGGAUGAGCAGAUGCUCAAAAUGCAGAAGAACAGCAGCUACUUUACAGACUGGAUUCCCAACAAUGUGAAGACAGUUGUAUGUGACAUCCCCCCGUAUGGCCUCACGAUGUCGGCCACCUUCAUCGGCAACAACACUGCCAUCCAAGCACCCUUCAAGCGCACCUCAGAGCAGUUCAGUGCCAUGUUCCGGCGCAAGGCAUUCUUGCACUGGCAUACGGGAGAAGGCAUGGAUGAGAUGGAGUUCACUGAGGCUGAGAGCAAUAUCGACGACCUGGUGUCCGAGUACCAGCAGUACCAAGAUGCCACUGCUGAUGAACAGGGGGAAUUUGAAGAAGACUUGGUGGAGGAAGAAGUUUAA